UGCCCUGGUGAGGACGAAGCGCCAUAGCCACGGUAGCCCUGGCGACAAGAACCCAGCAACGAGAAUCAACAACAACAACUGAAUCCGCCAUAAAAAAAAUAAAAGAAGACAUUUAACCGGUGGACAAUACACACGUGGAUACAGAGAGUGACUCCCAGCUCUUGAAAUGGCCACCUCAGGCUACGUAGGUGAAAUCCAGCCGGCGGCCCAACCCCAGGGGGCCGGUGCUACUGUGGCAGCGGGGCAACCCGAUACCGGUUCCAGCCCCGCGGCUGCCCCUCAGUAUCUGGCUGAGAUUCACACUGCCGUGGACACUCCCACUGUCGUCACACCCACGGGCCAAACUACCCCCGCUGAUCAGGCCACUUCAGUUGCGUCCCCGAAGCCGGCGGAUGUUAUUCAAGUCCAGUCCACGUCACAAGCCCAGCCUCCGCAGACACAGUAUGUGACUGCAGAGAUCCAGGGCUCUCCCACACAGACCGGAAAUGCUCACAGCACUCCUCAGUACAUUGUUGUCACAGUCACAGAGGGCUCCCUUCACUCAAGUGACAGCUUGUCAGACUCCAGCCCCCCUCCAGCUGUGGUGCAAACCGGAGUUCCCACGCAGGUUGUCCAGCAAGUGCAGGCUGCUCAGCAGAGGUCAGUGGUGCAGGCCACCUCUCAGAUAGCCAAGACUGAGCCGGGCACUCUGAGUGUCACCAGUCUACAGCCUGUUCAUAUCAGCCAGGAGUUCCUCCCUUGCUAUGACCUGGCAGCGUUAGUCAGGGAUGCGAAUCUAGGAGAGUUGCAGCAUCAACUUGAGGUAGAACAGCGAGAGUGGCAGGCCCACGUAUUGGCACAUUACCCCAGAGAGUGCUGCGUGCCGACCCGCCUCUUCUCGGACCGCUUCCAGUAUUGCCAGUGCCUCUACUGGCCCCCUGCGCCUGCUGAGACACAGGAUAGAGCAGCCCACCAUGCAGUCACAAGCGCAGGCCUCUCUCAGCCGCCGUCGCAAGAUGCAACUUCUGCUUUCCAAGUGCAGCAGCAGCUCACGCCAGUGCAACAUGUGUAUGCCAACCAAGUGCAGUACGUGGAAGGAGGAGAGGCCAACUACGCCACCAGCACCAUCCGUUCCAGCGCCUUCCCGUACACCGACGCCGCCCUGUACACCCAGACCACAACUGCCCAGUACUAUGAAGGUCAACCAGCUUCAGGCUCACAGGCCUCCACCCCCGGCACGCCCAUCACCGUCUCCGUCACCGCUGGCGCAGCGGGGGGCGUCUCCAUGUUUGUGGCCCAGCCCACAAGUGCGGCGGGGGGCGGGGCCACGGUGGUGACCGCGGGGGGCACCCCCAACGGGUCGGUGGACGGGGCAGGCACCAACGGGGGCGCAGCGGGCAGCUAUGUGAUCCAGGGGGGUUACAUGCUGGGCAGCGGCGGCGGAGGGGCAGCGGGCAACAGUCAGAGCUACUCGCACACCGCCCGCGCCUCCCCGGCCACUGUGAGUAUGACGGAGGGCGAGGAGAGCAGCGUGCCGUCGGCAGACAAGAAGGUACAGUGGUUGCUGGACAACUACGAGACAGCUGAAGGCGUCAGUCUGCCGCGCUCCACGCUCUACUGCCACUACCUGCUGCACUGCCAGGAGCAGAAACUGGAGCCCGUCAAUGCCGCGUCUUUCGGGAAACUCAUUCGCUCCGUGUUCAUGGGGCUACGCACGCGACGCCUGGGCACCCGGGGUAAUUCUAAAUACCACUACUACGGCCUGAGGAUCAAGGCCGGCUCUUCUCUUCUCCGCCUGAUGGAAGACCAGCAACAUCUGGCCAUGAGGCAGCAGCCCUUCUCACAGAAACAGAGGUUGAAGCCAGUGCACAAAGUAGAGGGGCUGACCAAUGGCACAGCAGCAGGAGCAGGGCAGCAGCAGAACCAGCAGCAGGGCUCCGGGCAGGUGGACAUCAGCACCCAGGUUCAGCAGUACCAGCAGUUCCUUGAUGCAUCCCUAGCUCUCCCAGACUUCCCAGACAUCGACCUCCAGGGGAAGUCUCCGCCAGAGGGAAUCGAGCUGGAGCACAUAAAGAGCUUCCAGCUGCUGUACAGGGAGCACUGUGAGGCGAUACUAGAUGUGAUGGUCAACCUGCAGUUUACCCUGGUGGAGACUCUGUGGAAGACCUUCUGGAGGUUCAGCCAGAAUCAGGCUGGAGACGCCACGCUGGCUGUCCACGACGAGUCGGAGAAGCGGCUCCCGAAGUCGUGUCUGGUGCUGCUGUGCAAGUACGAUCCGGUGCUGCGAUGGAGCCGGGACUGUGACAACAGCCUGUACCAGGCUCUGGUGGAGAUCCUCAUCCCUGAUGUCCUCAGGCCCAUCCCCAGUGCCUUAACUCAAGCCAUCCGCAACUUUGCCAAGAGCCUGGAGAGCUGGCUGACCAACGCCAUGAUGAACAUCCCGGAGGAAAUGGUCCGCAUCAAGGUAACGUCAGCCAAUGCAUUUGCCCAGACCCUGCGGCGCUACACCAGCCUGAACCACCUCGCCCAGGCCGCCCGCGCCGUCCUCCAGAACACGGCCCAGAUCAACCAGAUGCUGUCCGACCUCAACCGCGUCGACUUCGCCAACGUCCAGGAGCAGGCUUCGUGGGUGUGCCGGUGUGAAGACCGCGUGGUUCAGCGGCUGGAGCAGGACUUCAAGCUGACCCUCCAGCAGCAGAACUCCCUGGAGCAGUGGGCGGCGUGGCUGGACGGCGUGGUGUCCCAGGUGCUAAAGCCCUACCAGCAGAGCCCCGCCUUCCCCAAGGCCGCCAAGCUCUUCCUUCUCAAGUGGUCCUUUUACAGCUCCAUGGUGAUCCGGGACCUGACCCUGAGGAGCGCCGCCAGCUUCGGCUCCUUUCACCUGAUCCGCCUGCUGUACGAUGAGUACAUGUACUACCUGAUAGAGCACAGGGUGGCCCAGGCCAAAGGGGAGACCCCCAUUGCUGUCAUGGGAGAGUUUGCCAGUUUAGGCCGAGGUCUACACCAGCUGGAUCCCGACAAAGAAGAGGAAGAGGAAGAGGACGACGAGAGCGACGACGAAGGCCAGGAGCUGUCCCUCCCGUCGGACGGCGGCGUGCUGGGAGACGAGUCUCUGGAGCCGCCCGCCAAGCUGGCGCGGAUGGACCAGAGAGUCCUCUUCGCGACCGGGUCGGCCGACAACUAAACCCGGCGUGCGUUCGAUUGUGGCGAAUAGGCACAAACGCACGGAUGUACAAAGAACACUAAUUUAUAGACUCGACACAUGUACAUAGAGCCUGUAAAUAUGUGUGCAUACUGUAACAAGCCCACACAGUCACUGCACAGAGGGCCGCUGAUGGCACAACCACUGAUUCAAUACAGUCACUAGCGCUGCAACAGGCUUCAUCCAUCUUGGUUUGUUUCCAUUUGUAAAAAUAACUAAUGCCAGGCAUGUUUUUUUUCUUCGUCUUUUUUCGGUUUCUCGCAUCUCAACCUGUAGCCUCGCUGUCUCCCGUUUUCUGUCCGCGCACUGGGGGUCACAUGACCCUGUCAUUACUUCUGGAGGCUGAUUGAACGCGGUUUUCCAUGCUGGUGUGUGUGCGUGUGUGUGUUUGUGAGUCUUGCUAAGUGUUGACUCUUUUCCUCUGUAGAUAUUUUCUAAGGCAUUGAGGUUUUGAUUUGGGAGACGUGUGUGGAGUUGUUGGAUUUCAUCUGCCUGUAAAGAUAUUGCACUUGAGUGCCUGUCACAGCUGCUACACACACUUAAAGAUGAAGCUACGGCUGUGGAAUUGGGGCUCCCAUUAGUUGCUGCAAAAAUCCUCUCUUUAAUAGAACAUCUGGAUCCAUGAGAGAGGUCCUGUGUGUGUCGGUGUCCUUUUUUUUGUUCAAAGUUCUGCAUUCCUUUCCGUCUAAUAAGUUCCUCCGUGGCCUCAUUUUCCCUUUUGAUAUUUUAAUUUCCCUGCCUUAUUUCCAUACUUACCUUUCAACGUCGUAUGCCAAAACCUGUGUGCUUUUAUCCCAGAAUCCAUUGCUUUUAAAUUCUCUUUCCACGUUUUGAGGAGGACUGUGCCUGAGUAAGAACGCUGAUGUACUUAUAUUCUACUGUAUAUGUAUCCACUACUUUGAAUUUUGUUGUCACUAAGAACCUCUUGUGCAGUGUAUGGUGCCGUGUUGUCACACAUCGUAAGCAACCUGUGUGUGCAUUGUUGCUUUGUGAUUGUACGUUCGGUUAUCGACCCCAUAUCCUCUGGGGAUUUUCUUUUACCACAAACAGGCUAAAGCUCUGCCUCUUUGCACAUAUUGAAUAUUGUCUUUUAAACUCUGACCGUUAUAAGACUUUGUUUUCUCCAUUUUUCUUUGGAAGUCUUUGGUGUUUCUUUCAUCAACAUCUGGCUGCGCGUGGUGAAGAGGUGAGAACUUCUGCAGUCUUCCACCGACACGCCGCUGUCGUCGUCUCACUUGCGUUUCCGCCCUCCCGCCAACGGCUUCGUUUUUCUGCAGACGUUCACCUUCUUAAAUCACCGUUUGUCGAGAUUGGGUUGUUGCCAACGUGUCACUUUCGGGGGAUUCAUUUGAAGACUGUCUUUGAAAAGAGCUGCUCGUGUUUUCAGCAUUAGCUGUUUGCAACCAGCACGUCGUCCUUUAAAUGGACAUCGUUUACCCGGUAUGACAACGUGCUUAGUCGUCUUUAUUGUGCAUCAGUUUCUCAUGUACAAAACUAAUUGAGGAAAAAAAAAAAAAAGAAGAUGUUUGGUGGCAGUGUUUUAUGAAUCUGGUCUGCUAUAAGUAUGACUGUGCCUUGAGAUGGUAGAAUGCAAUUCAGAUGUUUUUCAUUUUAAAGAUAUAAAUUAAAGAAUUUUUAAAGUUGCA